AAAACAUGGGGUGGCUCGGCCACCCCAUUUUGCCCUAGGGAUGGCCGAUGCCACCUCAUGGGGCCUUAGGGGGUGGUUCGGCACCUCAUGGUUAUUGUCUGAGAUCCCAAUCUUCAGUUAAAUACUUUUUGAUUCAUUAUGAAUUGAAGAGGAUUUGGAUCCUUAAGAGAAAGCCUCUUAAUUGAGUGGAAGGCUCAUUUGUCCCAACAAAUACAAAUAAUAACACUAGGAGAAAAAUUCCCCAAUUAUUGGGAAUUCCGAAUUUCCGACCCCCAAGAAAAAGAUGUUCACAUUUGGAGAAGAAACCAAAAUGGGCUCCGGAUCCGUUACUUAUUAGGAGAAAAAAACCUAGUAAAUAGAAGGUAAGACUUUGCCUUGCCACAAGGGACGUUCCGUCAACUUCUCUAUCCAAUCCGACAGGAGUACUUUUUAUAUUAUUUAUAGUUUUGGGGAAUCCGAUAACUCAAUUUCGGUCUGGAUACAUUUGCUUUUACAGCGCUUCGGAGGAAUUAAGCACUAUCACGGCCACUGAUGGCGGACACUGCAGAAUUUGAUCCCGACCUAAUUCGUUCUUACAAAUUCCCUGAGACGACAUACACCUACACCGAAAGAGAUGUAGUGCUCUAUGCCUUGGGCGUUGGAGCGUGCGCGCGGGACGCCCUUGAUGUCGACGAGCUUAAGUAUGUUUACCAUGAAGGUGGGCAACAAUUUGUUCAGGUCUUGCCAACAUUUGCUGCUCUAUUUUCGAAUGGAAAUCUUAUUAAUCUGCCAGGGUUGCAAUUUGAUCCACGUCUUCUACUGCAUGGACAGCAAUACAUAGAAUUACACAAGCCAUUUCCUUCAAGUGCAUGUGUAUGAUUUCUGACCUGAA